CUGAAACCGAGCCUGAAGCAACUGGGAAAAAGGGUCGGGGAAAGAAGCGACAGGCGAAGGCUCGCAAACGCAAGCUCGAUAUCCUUCAUGCGGACGCUAAUGGGCUUAUGCCGGGAGAUGAGGGGUACGACCCUGUUACCGGAGGUGGACCUGCUACUUCUGGCGAAGCCGGUGUGGAGGAAGAAGGGGAAAGCAGUGCGUUGGUACCGGCGAAACGCGCUCGUCGGCGCUCUCCUUCCCCGAGCAUGCUCGCUGCCGACCCCGGAGCGCCACUAGACGUGAACACGACCCUCAUGUCGGACAUCCUGCGCGAUCCGGGUGUGGGUAAGCUUUCGAAUAGGUUUGUGGAGGCUUAUAGGGCGAAGAGGAAGCUGAAUGAGGAAAGGAGGAAGGAGAGGGAGAGGAGGAGGGAGGAGAUGGUCCGGAGGAAGCGGGAGCUGGAGGAGGCUGUAGAGCGCGGCGAGGGGAGGGCUUUGGGUGCGAAGGCGGCCGAGGAUGAUGGUGAGGGAGAGCAGCAUGCAGGGGAAGGACCGCAGGAUGCGGUCGCUGUAAGAGCAGCGGUGGUAAACGCCCUCCGUGCGGCCGAGGAACCGACCCCACCCCCUGAAGACGGCCCGUUCCGGGAAACGCACACCGCCCCUCAGCUUCGAAUGGGCGCCCACGGCGAGUGGGAGAUCGACGAAGACCUUUUGCUCAUCGACCGCGCCGCCGACCCGGCGCUGCAGCAAGAAGAAGAGCUGGAAGAAGUCGAAGAGCGCGAGAGCGACCGGUUUGUCACUUCUUUCACCUGGAGCAAGCUGGAGAAGAACCCUGGUGCAAGGGCCCGGUGGAGCAGGGAGGAGACUGAGCUUCUGUGUAAAGGCAUUGGUUGGUUUGGCUAUGAUUUCGAGAUGAUCUCCAAGCUCUUUGUUGGGAGGGAUCGGCUUAGCGUCAAGCGGAGGUGGAAGAAUGUCGAGAAGGUUGAUCCUGCGCGUGCUCAAGCUGCUUGGGAGAACCGAGAGCCUAUAGAUCUGUCCUACUUCUCGAAACAUAUUGGUACCAACUUGCUCCUCCCCGCUGCUCCUAUCCAGCCUCCCAUGCUCGCCCUUCCUCCUUCUACCCCGCCUCCAGACGAAACACCUGUCCUGCGUCUGCCUGCGCCUAAGGCGGCUCGGGGAGAGCCAGAAGAGGAGAUAUUCGAUAUGGAUGUUGGGGAGGAGACGUAUGAGGAGAUCGAUUUGGAUGAGGAGGAGUUACCGACGUUGAGUGAGGCUAUGAUGGUGUAGGUCUGGAUGUCCUCUCAACUCCUGGCCUUGGGUCGCCGAACUGGCUUCUCCGAAUGUUGUUAUCUGCGGUGUUGUUACAGUCAGGGGGUUCUCGGUUGAAACUAAAGAUUGGCUAGUUGUACGAGUUGAGAAUAUCAUUUUGAGCGGUGCUAGAUGAUGGUGUAUAUCUUCAACUGUACUAGUUUUCUGUUUCAGUAUCGUGUGGCCUUUCGGAUCACAUGUUCGGAACAAUGAGGAUUAUAACCCGUU